AUGACCGGCGGAUAUGUAAACAACGCAGUACAUGUGCUGAACACAAGAGAUUAUGCUAGUACUGGAAACUGUACAUGGUCAGAGAUCAUGUGUACUGGAAACUCUCCAGACCCAAGAUUUGGUUCUGCGUUCACCAAUCGCGACAACUUCGCAUACGUCUUUGGCGGAGAUUGCAAUUGCAUGAAAUUAAGAAAUGAUCUUCAUCGAUUAAAUUUGCGGUCAGCGGAGUGGAGUGGUGCUCUACCGGUGACUGGAGAGCUGCCUUUAGAGCGAUGCUAUGCUUCUUUGGCCCCGAGCUCGACGUCCUUACUUGUUCUCUGUGGUGGUUCGUGGUACAAUGGAACGAACCUGAUUCACCGCAAUGACAUUUUCAUCUGUCACACUGACUUACUAUGCUGGUAUGGCGUGAACACCUCACACAUCCAGCCACCUUUGGAGGUACGGUGGGAACAUUUCUCAUGCCAGGAUCUCAUGGGUGACGUGUAUAUUGUAGGAGGUUACAUGUCGAUCCAGAAUCAAAAUCGAGCAACGACGAUCGUCAGAGUACGUACGGAACCGCCGUCCUUACAGAAUCUUGCUUUGCAGGUGUAUGCCGGCAUCGCGACUUCAGAAGACGUGGAACGCUUGGGAGUCCUGUUUCACAGCGUUUUGCGUAACAUUCGAACGCAGCCAUGCAGUAGGUGCAGUCCCCUUCACGCCUGGAAGUAG